AGGGGAGGCAGUUAUAUGAGACCUGUCGGGUUAUUCUUUUUUUUUUUUUGGUUGAUUUUAUUAUUAUUACUUUUGAUUUUCCAUUCUUGGCUCUGCAUCCCAGGGUGAGAUUAAAUUUUGGGAUUAGUGCUGACGAGCACAAUAAUUUCGGGUCGUCCACCGACGGGACAUUUUCGUCCAAGUCGGGUUCUCCCCAGAAAGGAUUUCUCUGAUGUAUCCAAACCUAUAUAACCUGGACACUACCCUCGGAAGGGAACUGAGUGCUCCAGGAGCAAAAAUGGGGAUUGGGGAGAAGUGCGUGGUUGCAAAGGAGCCCGCCGUCAGCAUUCCUGUCUGGUUGCCCUGAACCGACCAAGCGUGGCGGAUUGUCCUAAAACGGGAGAAUGGAUCCCAAUAGGAGAGUCGGUGAGCUCAUCCUAUCCUCAGAGAUCCGGACUAGUGUUUCCCUAGUUCGGGAAGUUCGAGUUUGCUCUCCGUGGGAAAAAAAAAGGGCUGGGUGCCAGUUGACCUGCAUUUAUAUAACCACUGCUACCCGGGUGACAAUCGAGCAACUGCAGACGAAUUUCCUUCUACCCGAAGUCAUUGGCUUUGUCUUCCCUCGGGUCAACCAUGAGUGUCGCCAAAAUUCCUGCUUUCAUUUUUUUUUUUUUAAUUUUUUCCUGAGACGCCUCACUUGUUAUGACUUUUAUUUUUGUUUGGGAAACUCCGGUGCUGGUGGAGCCGCAUGCCCGAUUCGGCCCGGUUGAUUCGAGUCCGAGAAAAAGACCAGAAAUUAGCUUGCCGGCUGCAGGUCGACAUUGGUUGAUUGCGGUGCGCCAUGUGGAUCCGAACCGGUCCAUCGGACCCAUCCGUGAAUGCAGGGAUCCACCCUGGCUGAAAUUUCUCUUCCCUUUUUUUCGGCCUCCUGAUGCAUACCGUAGCCCUGCCUUUUUUUUUUUUUUUUUU